GAUUUUACAGGUAACCAGACCCGGAAGAGAAAAUACCCGAAUCGCCAUGUUGGGAGUGUGAAGAAAUCAUCUAAAAAUCUCAUCAAGGUGUUUGACCAUGUACCCACGUACUUGGGCCCAGGAUGUGUUACGGUGUCAUCUCUGUGAGACCCCGGGCCCCCCUAUGUACUGUGACAUUUGUCAUAUACAUCUAUGUGUAGUCUGCGUUGGAAAACACCUCUUAGAUGAAUCCAAAGAACACAAAGUAGUGCCAUUUAAGAAGAGGGGACUAAAUCCUAAAUGUUCCAAACAUUCCACACAAUUAUGUGACCUUCAUUGUGAACAAUGUAACAUUCCUAUUUGUGUGGAGUGUGUCUCCUCAGGUGAACAUCUAGGACACAAGCAAGUUGGCAUUUUAAUAAUAUUAGAUACUAAGAGAGAAGCCUUAAAAAAAGAUCUUCAAGAAUUAGAAGAUACCAUUUAUCCUAAAUACCAAGAGAUCGCAUCUAACAUUCCAGUUCAGAAAACUGAUCUGAAUAAAAAUUCCAAGAAAUUAACAACAGCUCUAAACAAACAUGGAGAAGACUUGCACAGAGAAAUAGACAUUGCCAUCAAGAAACUGAAAUCUGACGUGGAUGAAAUGGAAUCCAAACACCUGGUUGUCCUUGAUAAGCAGGAAAAUGAAAUAAAGCGCACCAUUUCUCAAAUCACUCAGGAUAUUGCUGAUCUGAAGAAAUUACUCAACUCUAAUGAUGUCAGCCUUGUCUCUGCCUACAAAUCCAGGAUUGCUGAAUUCAGAAGAUGGCCUCCUAAACUCACAGUUUCCUUACCAAGAUUCACCCCUCAGAAGAUUAACAAAGAGCAGAUUUAUCAGCAGAUUGGUUUUCUGUCAGCCUUAUCUAUCAAAACAGGAGAAUAUGGCUACACAAUGGAUUCUGCUGGUGCUGAGUCCUCUUCCCCGGACAGACCGCUCAUUUAUUUACCACGGUUCAUCACAGAUAUAAACACAAAGUAUGGAGAAUUUGAUGAAUUAAGCUGCGUGUCCUGUCUGAGUGAUGAUGAGGUAUGGACGUGUGGUGAUGACAACAACAUGAUGAGACUCUACAACCUCCACAGUAAACUAGUGAAGUCCAUCCAAACCAAGUCAGGGAACAGACCAUUUGACAUAGCAGUGACACAGAGUGGUGAACUAGUUUAUACUGAUCCCGGUGAUAGAACUGUGAACAUAGUGAAGAAUACACAGAUACAGACAGUGAUCAGACUACAGGGGUGGGAACCUCUCUAUGUCUGUAGUACCUCCUUUGGUGACCUCCUGGUUGUCAUGAUCACUGUUGAUGGGAAACAAGUAAAAGUUGUGCGUUACUCUGGCUCUACUGAGAAACAAACCAUUCAAUACGAUGGCAAAAGACAACCUCUCUAUUCAUCCGAUAAUUACACUAAAUACAUCAGUGAGAACAAGAACCUAGAUAUCUGUGUAGCUGACUCUAAAGCCAGUGCAGUAGUGGUGGUCAAUCAGGCUGGGAAACUCAGGUUUACAUACACCGGUCCUCCUUCUCAAUACAAUGACAAAGGACAACCUCUCUAUUCAUCUAAUCCUUACCCUAAAUACAUCAGUGAGAACAAGAACCUAGAUAUCUGUGUAGCUGACAAUAAAGCCAGUGCAGUAGUGGUGGUCAAUCAGGCUGGGAAACUCCGGUUAACCUACACAGGUCCUCCAUCUACUACCAAGGAACCAUUUAGACCAGUUGGCAUCACUACAGACAGCCAGGGUCGGAUCCUGACAGCAGACAAAAACAACAACUGUAUCCACAUCCUGGAUCAGGAUGGACAGUUCCUCUGCUACAUUGACAACUAUCAUUUAGAAUAUCCAUGGGGUUUAUGUGUGGACACCAGAGACAACCUCUUUGUGGCUGAAUAUGAAACAGGUAAAGUGAAGAAAAUC